CGUCCACGUAGGGGAACCAACCAUUUGUUCUGAGCUACAGUUGCCUUCCGGUUCGGUAUAUACUGUACACAUUUCUUUUGUUUACUUCAUGGCUUUUUGCAGCAAAAUAGUUUCCAGUUAAACAUUUUGUCAGCUGUAUUUGUUAAAUCUGAGUCUCAAAGUAAAUGUAUAGUCUUUUUAUUUAGUUUAUUUUAGUAGUUUUAACAUUACCCACCUGCCAAACCGGGCUGCUGUUUGUUGAAUGCCCGAUGAUGGAAGAGCUGAGUCAGGACACUGAUGGAGGAGGACUGUCUGUAAAGGUUGAAAAGGUGGAAAACGAGAACCUGACAGAGAUGGCAGCUUUAGACGCAGAUGACGAAGACGAGGAGGCUCUUCCUCACUCAGAGAUCCUGGAUAUUUUCGAGGAGGGACUUGCUCAACUUGUGCAGGACCCUUUACUUUGUGAUCUGCCAAUUCAGGUGACUCUGGAGGAAGUAAAUUCUCAGAUUGCUUUGGAGUACGGCCAGGCGAUGACUGUGAGGGUUUUAAAGGCAGAUGGCGAGAUUAUGCCCAUAGUGGUGGUCCAAAAUGCCACUGUCCUUGACCUGAAGAAGGCCAUUCGCAGAUUCAUGGAGCUGAAACAACAACGUGAAGGCGGAGUGAAACAUGUCAGCUGGAGAUAUGUUUGGAGAACUUAUCAUUUAGUAUUUCAAGGGGAAAAGCUUGAAGAUGACAAGAUGAGGCUCAAAGACUACGGGAUCAGGAAUAGAGAUGAAGUGACGUUCAUGAAGAGACUCAGGAAAAAGUGAAAUGUCAUAGGAAAAAACACCAGUUCCUGGAGUGUGUACUGGUGCUGCCUGCCUCGAAACACUUGAAAUAACUUUUACAAAGUAUUCAUGAUUGUAUGACUUCUUUUACUUUAAGUGUUUUAGGGCAGUUUUGACAUAUGUUUGUACAUAUUAGAAACGGAGCAUGCUUCUCAAAGAGGCUACAUGCAAAUAAGAUAUCUGGAGUACGAGAUGUUUAUACCCCCUUUUGCUAUCAAUUUGCAGUGAUCUUGUAUAGUUGUUUGCAAACAUUAAAAUAUAUAUUUCAGUA